AUGGCGCCCCUCUCGACCGUGACGCGCGCCCUCGCCCGUCCCUCCGUCCUGCGUGUUGCCGCCCGCACCAUCUCGACGACCCCGGCCGUCCGCGGCGACUCUUCCUACUCUAGCCCUUUCAAGGGCGAGAGCAACAGCACCAAGGUGCCGGAUUUCUCAAAGUACCUGUCGGACAAGAAGCCGAGCUCGAAUGCGCUGAUUAGCUAUUUCAUGGUGGGCACGUUGGGUGCGAUCACCGCGGGGGGGGCGAAGAGUACCAUUCAGGAGUUCCUCGUCAACAUGUCCGCCUCUGCUGACGUCUUGGUUUUGGCCAAGGUUGAGGUUGAUUUGAAUGCCAUUCCCGAGGGCAAGAACGUCAUCGUCAAGUGGAGAGGCAAGCCCGUGUUCAUCCGCCACCGCACAGCCGCCGAGAUUGAGGAGGCCAACAACAUCAACGUUGCGUCGCUAAGAGACCCCGAGGCCGAUAGUGAUCGUGUUCAGAAGCCUGAGUGGCUUGUCAUGUUGGGUGUCUGCACACACUUGGGCUGCGUCCCCAUCGGCGAGGCCGGUGAGUACGGCGGCUGGUUCUGCCCCUGCCACGGCUCCCACUACGACAUUUCGGGCCGCAUCAGAAAGGGCCCUGCCCCUCUGAACCUCGAGAUUCCCGCGUACGAGUUCCCCGAGGACGACAAGCUGGUUAUUGGUUAA